AAUAGGGAGAGCAUCUGAGAUGGACGACGAUUCUCUGUCUGAAGGCGAAGGAGAGCUAAAGGAAGUGGCAGAGCAACCUGAGGUCAAGGUCGGCCCUUUGACCCGCAACACCAUUGUGCCUUACCUCUCACUGCUGUGCCGAACAGGAAACGGACUAGCUCAUGCUUUUGUCAAACUGGACCUGAAUGACAAGAAACUAUCAGACCUAGAGGCCCUACGCAAAUAUGUACACCUGCGUUUCCUGGAUGUGUCCAACAAUCACCUCACUGACCUUUCUUGCCUGACUUCAUUGAACCAGCUGCUUUGGUUGAAGAUUGAUAAUAAUGCAGUGUCAAGUUUAAAAAAGCUACCUCUAGAUCAGUUUCCCUACCUGCAAUGGCUGAGCUUGGCUAGGAACCAGUUGGAGGAUAUGGCGGGCCUGGGUGGAACUGCCCUCGAGAACCUCAAUCUUAGUGGUAACAAAAUCCAGAGAGUGCACGGCCUACAGUAUGGUCAACUGACCAACCUGGGGAUCCUAGAGCUGAGGGGCAACUGCUUGGACACGACCGAUGGCAUCUAUCUUCCAAAACUUCGGAAACUUUAUCUGGCCCAGAACGUCAUAAAGCGCCUGGAGGGUCUGGAGAGACUGGAGCUUCUCACCACGUUACACCUCCGAGACAACCAGCUGGAGACCCUGGAAGGCAUUAGCCCCAGGAUGACAUCUCUGAAGUACCUCAAUGUCAGGGGUAAUCUGAUAUCCAAUCAGAAGGCCCUGCAGAGUCUUGUUCCUCUGCUUGGCACACUACAAGCUGUGGUUAUCUUGGAUAAUCCACUGGCUGAGUCCGGGGACUACCGCAUUGCGGUGCUGACCUGUCUGAUGCACCUGGAGCGGCUGGACAAGGAGCUCGUCUCAUCAGAGGAGAGGGCGGAAGCACAGGAGAGACUCAAAGAACUUGCGGUGGAAGAAGAAAUACCUGAGACGGAGGACACUUCGUGAUGGCUACAUUAAGGGGAAGUGUUAGUCAACUUCCCAUGAUGGAACCGGUUUGUGGAUAUGUUGGUAAAUGUGAAAAGAAGAAAGAAGACCCAAGUGCAUACCCCCCCCCCCCCCUCAC